AUGGAGGGCUCUGUCCCAGGCGAAGGAAUGCGGACCCUCAUGAGUUCGGGGCUCCCCAGGGUAUCCCCGUCGCGGUGUCGCGGUCUCUCCGUCCCAUUCGUAUGCACCCUUUCCCUCUCUUCACGGCACGGCGUCCCUCCUUCGUCUCGGAAAAUCCCUCCACCUUUUUGGACGUAUCGGACACUCUGUGGCCGUUCUUCCGUUACAGCCUCCGGGAAGCCUGCCGCUCCGGGCAACCUCUUCUCUUCUGCCACUGGUGACGCUUCGUCUGUCUCAACCGGAGUGCUGGCCCAACUGUCUCAGAGGCGGUUUGUGAGACCAAACCAAGGGAGGAACGAUUACAAGCAAGUGGGGGGGAAGAAGCGGGGCCAAGGCGUGCAGGUGCUCCCCGAAACGAUUCGACUUCUGAUCGAGACGAGAAAGGCCGCUACAGCCGGCGGUCCUGUUGGGCGCCAACCGCUUCAACUAUUGGAAACGCAGAAGCAUGCUGAGGCAACUGGCGCAUCGAGUUGGGGUCGGGACAGGCGUUUCCCCAUCACCGAGGCUCUUCGCCUACCCACCGUUGCAGAAGUGAACGCUCCAUGGGAGCCUUCCGGCGAAGCUAGCAAACGGUCGUCCACACGGCCUUUGCCGUCAUCUGUUGGGAACGACGAAGAUCAGGAUUACGGCUUUUCUGACGGAGUUGCUCGCCAACAGGAACGUCUCGGGGCACUCGACAAAGUGGCGCUGCAUUCCGGAGAUAUAUCGCAUUUGCGCGUCGACGCGACAGUUGUGGGGGCAGCUCGGUCGUUCAAGGUUGUUGGCGACGGCCGAGGCUUCACGGGAUGCUCAGCUCUUCUCGAGGGUGCAGGGCCCUGUCUAGCGUCGUUCAUUUCUCAACAACGCCGGCAUUUCGGCGAGGAGUUGCUUCAUACGCCCGUGCGCGGCGACCUGUCCAGUGCGCACAUGGUGGCUGCAGCCGCUGUUCGGGCGCUCCGUCGCGGCGUUCACCUCUUCACCGCCUCCACGGUUCCCCCUCCGUUGCGUUCCUCGUCGAUGGUGCCUUCCUUGGCAGAGAUCGAAGAAAUGCCUACUAUGGAACUUUCCCAGGUUGCAGCUCGUGCCGCUGUUUUGGGUGUACGCGGAGGAGGCGCCGGAGCAAGGGGGCCGGGUAUGUCUUCUACUCAGAACGGAAAUGUGGGAGGCAUGUCGGCUGCAUCAGGUUCUGAGUCGGACGCUGGUGGGUCAUAUGCAGAUGGUGUCAGAGACAAGGCCCUAUUGCAUGUUUCCGACGAUAACCUGUACAAGGCUCCCCUGGAUCCUUCGCAGUUGUCGCCUCCAGGAGCAGUUUUGAUUUCGCCGGGAUUCAACUUGCCAUCCAGUUUUCUCAUUCAUGUUGCAGAACCGAACGCGGUUCUGUCUAAUCAGCAAAUGCUCGACGCCCUGUUUCGGCAAGAGGAGCGGGAAGCGCUUCGCCGCAAAGAGAAACUCCUUUCGAGGUUCGGCACUGCUCAGGCAGCCGAUGACGCAAUGAGCGACGAAGAAGUUGAAGAAGACAAGGAGUUGACAGCUUCCUCUGGAUCGCCGUGGCAGGAUGAAAAUGAGCACGGUGUGCAGAGGAUGCUGUUGCUAGAAGAAUGCUACAUCAAUGCCCUGAACGCAGCAUGGGCCUUGGGAGUGCGUUCCGUUGCUCUCCCGUGUCUUGGGGCUGGCGUAGGACGGUUCCCGGUGUUCAUUGCUGCGAGAUGCGCUGCCAGAGGCGUGGCUAGGUGGAUUGCGGAACAACGAGGGCGUGAUUCACGGGGAAACACGGAGAGCGACGAGAGAACCGAUUUUGAAAGGAUUGUGUUUUGCACCUCGAGCGAUGUUGAGUGGAACGCGCUGAGGAGAGUCAUCCCACAGUUUCUCUCCUAG